CCUUUUGUUAAAGAAGACUUUGAGCAGGCUCAUGCAGUUUUCACUGAGGUUUUGGAAACAAUGAAAGAAAGCCCUUUCAAUAAGGAACCAGUAUGUAAUGUCUAGAGUUUACAAUGUUACUAGUCAGCUCAAAAUGGCAGAAGACAUUAAACAAUAUGGAGGACAUUUAGGAAUGAUAAAGUAUCACAAGACAGAGCUGUGGAUUCCUGCGGUUCUUGGCAUGGAGAUUCCAGAUCCUGGACCUUCAGAUUUGAUGGUUCCGAUUCUUGGAGUUGAGUAUGAUUAUAUUAAAUGCCACUUAAUUCCAUUGGCGGGAACAAUGGAGGAUUCAGAUGGUCAA